AUGUAUAUGAAUGUUAAUGCUAUUCUUAAAGUUUUUGUUGCACCCAAUAUAAUUGAAAAGAUUCGUUAUAAAAUAAAUUAUAAUCUAUUUUAUCAUUCAGCCAAAAUUAGUCCUGAGUCUUUGCAUUUAUAUCAG